UUCCUGGUGUUUCUCCUGAUCUACCUUAUAACUCCGACUGGGAACCUUCUCAUCCUUCUCCUGAUCUUCACUGACUCCCAUCUUCACUCCCCCAUGUACUUCUUCCUUGGAACCCUGGCAGGUCUGGAUAUGAGUUACUCCUCAGUCACUGUCCCAAGAAUACUCUUUGAUUUACUCAGAGAAAGAAAAAUUAUUUCUGUACAAGUUUGUAUAACUCAGAUCUACUUCUUUGUCUUUUUCAUUACAUCAGAGAUGUCUGUAAUGGCAGUGAUGUCCUAUGACAGAUACAUUGCCAUAUGUCGGCCUCUUCACUACAUGCAGAUAAUGAACUGGAAUGUUUGUGUUCAGUUUGAAUCAGGCGCGUUGCUUUUUAGUACAAUAUAUUCCUUGGUGCACACUCUUUUUUUAACUAAACUGACCUUUUGCCUCCCAAAUGUUUUGCAAAGUUUCUUUUGUGACAUUCCCCAGUUGCUUGAGGUCUCCUGUAGUGACACAUUCAUCAAUGUAUUGCUUAUAUUUCUCCUUGGAAUACUGUUUGCAACCAAAAGCCAUGAAAAUACUGAAGUCACAAAAAUACCCAAAGUUGAAGUCCUGAAGCAGAGAAAAGACCUGAAGCUACAAAAGGAGCUGAAGAAUCUAAAGAAGAACCUAUGCAAUCGAGAGAACUACGAGCUCUUGAUGUCUUCACUUGAGAUGAAUCUAAGAGAAAGGAAUAAAAAAACGACCAAAGACAAAGACCGAAGGAGGUCACAAAGCGAUGCAUCAGGUGAGGACAAUGACACAAGAUCGACUGAGAAGGACACACUGCGAGAGAGACACAGGGGCAAAUGUUAUUGA